UCUGUUUUAAGGCUUGGUUUUGGUUUAACCGGUUCUGCGUCAAACAAAGUGUGAAGGUACUUGUGAUCUGCGUCUUGUCUCUCUUCUUUGCUCUCUCACUCUCUCACUCCAAGACGUUGAAGCGUGAUGUGAAAGCUUUGAAUGAAAUCAAAGCUUCUUUAGGAUGGAGAGUGGUGUAUUCAUGGGUUGGUGAUGAUCCUUGAGGAGAUGGAGAUCUCCCACCUUGGUCUGGUGUCACAAGGAGACUAUAGGGUUGUCACAGAACUAAACCUGAGGUGGAAUAAACUACAAGAGGCUAACCCAUUUGUGAGAGUACCUUUGUGUUUUCUUGUUUAGCUUCUUUUUUAGAAACCUGAGCUUUCAGAGAUGUUGGUAACAACCAUUUGGUGGGAACCAUAAGGGAGCUCAUCCGUUUUGAUGGUAGUUUCCCAUCUCUUCGUAACCUGUACUUGAAUAACAACUAUUUGAGCGGAGGAAUCCCUGCUCAGCUAUCAAAUCUUACAAACUUAGAGACUGUGUACCUGUCUUACAACAAGUUCAUUGGAAACAUUCCUUUUGCGCCAUUGCUCACAUUCCUAAGCUGACAUUCCUGUAUAUAUCUUGAUCACAACCAGUUUACUAGGAGAAUCCCAGAUGCAUUCUGCAAGCAUCCUUUCCUCAAAGAAAUGUACGUUUGAAGUCAACAUGUUCAAACAAGGCGUGAACCCAAUUGGUUACACACAAAGUCUUAGAAGUUUCUGACGCUGAUUUUGCCGUCUGACAGAGUAUAAGAUUCUAGAGAAAACUUCUCAAAACUACCUAGAGAUGGUUCCCCACUUCAGGUUUUUUUCUCUUCAAUAUUAUGUAUUUUGUCUUCUUGAUCCUUGCAAAUGGAACUAAGCAUAGACAACAAGUUUUUUUUAUCUUUAUAUUGUAUAGUUAAAGACACAUUCCACUAAUUUAUCAUCCUUCUUAAUCAAAUAGAAAUAUCAGCUUUAUAGUUUUUUAAUUAAUAUAUAGACCAAAAAACUGACAACACAUUAAUUAUUAAUUGGAUCUUAAGUAACAUAAAUAAGAAAUUUAAUAAAUUAAAAAUAAAACUUAAAUAUGAAGAGAUAUAUUAUAUAUAGUUAUAAAAGUUGGCCUCUCCCUCUCUCUCUCAUAAGACUUUCUCCAAAGGAAAGAUUUUCUUCUCUCUCUCUAUGUUGUUUUGUGUGUGUUUACUUUCCUAACAAUCAAACCUACUUUUCUUCUUUCAUCAAUUUAGUUUCCCAAAGUAAAGAGAAAACUAGUCUCCCUUGGUAAGGCAACCUUCUGGUUUUAUAUAAUUUUAUUUUCUUCUCAUCUUCUGUUCGAUUAUUUUCUUCAUCUUCUUCUGUUUGUAAUUUUCUGAGAAUUAGGUUUUCAUUCCUUGAGAAGCAAUCUAAAGAUGUCUGAAGAAGGUUCUGUGGAAACGGUACAUGUAAAGGACGUGGGACCUGUGGAAGAUGUUGUUAUAUCUGAGGCACCCAAGGGUCAAGAAGAGUGUGUAUCAGAGACUAAUGAAGUGCCUGUGCCUAAGCCACCAAGUGUGAACUCAACUAGAGCUGCUGGUACACGAGCAGGUAAACCGCAGGUUAAGUCCCGUUAUCGCGGUGAUCAUCAUGUGAGCUCAAUUCAUGAUCACUGCAAACAUGGGACACAUGGCAAGAGGUGUGAUCAACAUGAUGAUGCGGUGAAACCAUGGAAGAUGGUGAGGAGAAAGAGUGUUGAAACCGCAGUGACGGUUAAAGUUGAGACUUCAGGUUUGAGAAAGAAGUCUCUGGCAAGUGUGACCAAACCAGAGAGCUCGGUGGCUGCAAAGAGAAAUGGCGAGAACAAAGGAACCAAGAGUACUCUUGCUGAUUCCGCUGUUGUUAAAAAGGUUCCUGGCUUGGGAAAUGAGAAGUCAAGUUCUGCUGUGAAGAAGGUUUCAAGAAUCAGUGUUGCUCCAAAGAGUCUGAAGAAUAAGGAGAAGGCAAAGACUCAGACUAUUAGCGGUGAAGAUGUAAAAGAGAAGACUGUGUGUGUUGUUGAAGCUAGCGUCAAAGGUGUUCAGAGUGAGAAGCAAGCAUCAUCUGAGAAGAAAAGUGGUGAUGCAGAGUUUGAAGCAGAUCAAACCCCUGAGAAGAAGAUUAGGCCUAAGAGGAUGAUGUCAGGUGCAAAGGUGAAUCUAGCUAAGCAGAUGAGUUUCAAGAAAGGGAAGACUCUUGAACCAAGACCUGAGGACGCUUCUCCUAAAUGGAUCAAGUUCAGAAAGAAGGUUGUGCAGGAACUGAAACCUCAAACCGAAGGGAAGAAGAAGAAGAAUCUGAAAGGUAUUGAGACAAGAAGUGGUUCUUGUGAAGGAAGCAAACAUGAGAAGGUUGUUCUGAGGCAUCAAAAGGUAGAAGGGAAGAAGAAAAUGAUGACACUAUUCAACAAUGUGAUUGAGGAGACAAUGAGUAAGUUGACAAAGGUGAGGAAGACCAAAGUGAAAGCUCUUAUUGGUGCUUUUGAAACUGUGAUCUCUCUUCAGGACACUAAGACACCUCAGAAAGUUCAGAGCAAGGCCACAACACUUUAAGGUUUAGUCCUUUGGGUGGCCAGCAGUGAGACAACAGAAACUUAUUUGUCUGCUGCAUAUGAUCGAUAUAACAUGCAAUAUUUCAAACUUUGAGAACUUAUUUUGAGAGGAAGAGAGCUAUAGAUAUAACUGUCUUGUUACUGUCCUCAGAGAGAGCAAAAGGAUUUAUGACCUUGACAAUAUAACUGAAGAUGAAGUAAAGAUUUCAAGUUUUAUCUAUUUUCCACAAUUAAAGAAAAAGAACAGUUUAUUAUUUUUUACAA